CUCAAUUCCCCCCUCACCACCAAAAGCUCACAAUGGCUACUAUAAAACAAAUUUUUGUGUACAAGACAGAUCCAGUCCCCAUCCACUUGGACGUCUACCUCCCCUCUACCCCGCCAGCUGAUGGUCAGGGACUGCCCCUUCUAUUCUGGUUCCACGGCGGUGGGCUUCUUCAAGGCAGUCGUGACGUCGUGGCGCCACAUCACCUUAACGGUGUGACCAAGCAUGGCUAUGCCCUGAUCAGCGCCGACUACCGCCUCAGCCCCCAGGCCAGUGUCGGGGAGGUGCUGGACGAUGUAAAGGAUUGCUUGGCAUGGGGCAUCACCGAGCUGCCAAAGGAGCUGGCGGCAGCGGGCAACAAUAACGGCAUCCUGCUGGACACGACACGUAUUGCCGUCUCCGGCAGCUCGGCCGGAGGGUACUUGGCGCUGCUGGCUGGCUUAUACGCCACCGGUCCGGUGAAGCCAAAGGUUGUAUUGCCAAUAUAUCCCAUUACCGACCCGCUGGGAACCUUCUUUACCACACCACAGAAACACCCGGCCGGCCACAUUGAGAGGGCCACCAUGGAACCGUACCUUGACCCCAAGGCCCCAGUUCAAACGCGCACGGCCUGGGAGAACGACCCACGGGCUAAGUUCUACUUCUACAUGAUGCAGGAGGCUAUCCUGGCGAAACUGCUGCAUAUCAAGGAGGGCGACGACUCUUACAUCAUUGCACCACAGAUCCAGAAGAGACAAAGCUACCCGCCCACGUUCAUUAUCCAUGGGGACGCCGAUAAGUUCGUGGGCGUGGAGCAGUCGGACGAGGUUGUUGAGGCGCUAAGGGUUGUCGGGGCUAUUGUGGAAUAUGAAAGACCUCAGGGCUUGGAUCACCUAUUUGACCAGAAGCCAGAUGUCGAGCUUGAAGGCUAUUAUACUUUCUUUAAAAGAAAUAUAUAAAAGCUACUUGUGUGGAUCCGUAGUCUAGUUAUGUAAUUAAGCCCUAUAGGCACCUAAACUAACUUUCUAUAAGGU